AGGGGAGAGAGAGGGAGUCAAAGAGAGAGGGAGGGAGAGAUGAAGCAACAGAAUAAGCAGUCAGUCCAGGAGUCCCAUUGUUAUCCAUCACAUUUAUUUUUCCAGGAGGAGUAGAUGUGAACGGUGCCCACAUAUUGACAGAUGAGAAUACUUAGCCUUGUGAGACAAGCUGAUUGAUUUUUUUUUGUGGGUGGAUAUCAGUCAGUCCGCUGGAGAAACAAGAGUUGCCAUGGAAACUAUUUUGCUCUUCCUCUCUUCCCUCCUGGUAUGUGUGGCUGCUGGAGCAGGCCCCAGUGCACAGGACGGCAAAGAGAAAGAAGAAAAUCCUUUCAUUUAUGACUAUGAGAGUCUGAGGGUUGGAGGACUAGCACUUGCUGUGGUGCUGUUUGCGCUGGGCAUCCUUCUUAUCCUCAGUCGGAGAUGCCGCUGCAGUAUUAACCAGAAGCCCAGGGCCCCCGGAGACGAGGAGGCACAGGAGGAGAACCUUAUCGUCUCCAAGGCUGCAGCGGCUGCCAAAGAGACUCCAGCAGAGAACUGAGGCAACUCCACAGGACCUGACUGCCUUCUGAGACCAUGAUCAGUUUUCUUUGAUAUUUUAGCCACAAUAACAGUUGAUGAUGAUUCUAACUGGUUAUACGACAGGGGAAGAGGGGAGGUAUAUGUAAUAUAUUCAUGAAUCUUGUGCCAGUUGUUUUUCGUUGUGACCGUGCCAGUCCCUCAGUGCUCUCGUUUGAUCCUGUGCCUUUCUGUGACAGUCUCUCACUCCAGUUUGUCGUCUUAGCCAGUAGCACCUUCGACACAGGAUUGUCUUUAAAACCUUGGAAGAAUUUUUAACGUUGUGUGGUCCGCUGUUCUUCAUUUUGCACUUCUAUCGCCUUUAGGUUUUUAGGAUUUGUCAGUUUGUCGCUUGUUUAGUCGGCUGUCUUGGAUAAUGUCUGCCACAUUUGGAACAUAACAUAUAUGCAUAUAUACAGUAUACAUAUAUAAGUAUAGAUAGUUUACAUAUAAGAUAAACAGUUAAAUAUCCUUCAUUUAUGUCUAUGUUUGAAUGGUUGGGUGUGUUUGUGUGCAUAUAUGGAUGUUGUUAUAUGCUGUAUGUGCAUGUUUAUUCUGUAUUUGUAUGACUGUGUGCACAUCAUGAGUGUGUGUGUGUGUGUGUGUGUGCAUAUUUCUACACAUAAAUGUGAUGAGCCUUAUAAGAGACAAUCUCCACUGCCACAGCUCUCUGACUUGAGCCCAGGGAUGGUUUGCAGGUAUCUGCAUGGGCUUCUCCACGCCGGUGUUUUACCAUCUAUAGUGGAGGGACCUCGUGUAUCAGCUGUCUCACUGCCUUCUUCUCCACAAAUCCACUCCACCGUUCCGUCUCUGGCUCCGUCAGGAUUAACUGGUCUCCAACAAGGCUAUGAUUAGUUUCUCUAUACACACUCACUUGUGCCGCAAAUCUGUGAAGCCAGGGUAUCUUUUCUUUCCCUUUUCAUGUUUGUUUAUUGAAUUGCUUAGCCAUUCUCUCAAAUGCCAUAAUGUUUUGAAUGACUGCAUAUGUGGUAAACUACUGACAGAGAGACAAAGCUUAGGUGCUGAGUUUGACAGAUGUGAAGUGGUAUUAUUCAUGCUCCAGGCUACAUUAAUAGUAGCCUACUGUAAGCCAAAUUAUACAGAGGACAUGAUGUUGGGAUCUCCUGUUGGUAAAGACUUGCACCAGUUUUAAGUGUGAGUUUGCCUGUUUUAAAGAUGACCACUGUACAGUUAAACGCUAUGUUCAUUCAAAGCAUGAGGCCUUGUCAUGUAGCAACUUGUUGUGCUUUUGGCAUUAAAAAAUAAAAGUAUAUCGGAACACAGAA